UCUUAUGAGUUUGUGUGCUAUAACAGACGUUUUCGUAGAUUUAACCACCAAUGGCUCUUAAAAUCGAGCAGAAAACAAAUAUUGAUUCAGAACCUUGCGUUGUGACUUUGAAAAGUAACAAAUUAUUUAUCGGCACCGAAAACGGCUCUAUUGAGUGUCUCAACGCAGAUCUAUCACCUUCAGCGAAAUGGUUGGCACAUGAUGUGCAAUUGUUUGCAAUAGCUGCAAGUGACAAACAUGUAUACUCGACAUCAAAUGAUGGAACUAUAAGAGUUUGGACAUUCAAUGGAGAUAAAGUGGUAGAAAUCGCUACAGUGGGAACGGAUAUUGGAGCUCUGUAUAUUUUAAAUGAUAAACAAUUAUACGCGGGAGAUGAAGGCGGCAAUAUAUUUGUCUAUGAAGACCAUAUAUUGAUAGCUUCUUACAAUGUGCUAGAGGAGGUUAAAGACGUGAUUGUGAAUCCGCCAUACAUGUUCACUGCUCGAGAUCUGUAUGUUACAGUGACGGAAAUAAAACCCGAUGAAUCAAAGGAUCGUUUCGUAACGCGACAUGUUAUGGAGGGUCGUGCUCCUCUUCGAAUAAUAAGUGGAUCGCAUUUGUUAGCAAUAGCGAGAGGUGGCAAUAGUUUGCAAUUACACGAGUUGUCCAUGGAUUCUAAAUUCAAAAAAAUUCACGAAGUUAAGGUUAGCGAUAUGAUAUUGACAAGUCUAUCAACUUAUGGAGACGUUGCCUGGACUGGAGGUUGGGACGGUGUCGUACGUCGAUGGAAAAUUUCAGGAAACAAAAUUGAGGCAGCGGGAGAAGUUAACCUGGGUGCCUGUAUUAACGGACUUGCUGCCUUUUCAUCAGAGAGUGCCUAUGCAAUUGUCACAGGGGGACUUAUUGUAAAAUUAAACUCUGCGUAAUUCUACCAAAUAAACAUUUUAUUAAUAG